AUGAAAAUUCUUCCUAUAGUGCUAGCUCUAUGCCUUGCCAUUGCUUGUGUUGCAGAGAACCCAGCUCUUGUUGCAGUGAUUGAGGAGCCGAUAAUUAAUAAGGUUAGAGAUAAGUACUUUGAAAGUGCUCUCGGAGCUCUUGGUACUCUCACAAUGCCGGAUUUUGAAGAAGGCGCUAUUACGGCAACUAAUAUUAGGGUACAGAUUAGUAAUGACUCUCCUCAAAACUUGGUGGUUGGAUUUGAUAAUGAAAGCAACAGUAUUAAGGCUGAGAUCAAGAAUACCAACAUCAAAGUCCAGGUCGAUUAUAAAUACAAGGCAGGACUCGUCACUGUUAAUGGAGAUGCUGAUGUACAAGGUCCAAUAGAUAGUGUCGCCUUAUCUCUCCUGAUGGACAAAAUGGAAGAUGGAGAAUUUAUAAUCCCACAGAUCGCUGUUCCUGAUUUCGACUUGGAGAUGGAUAACUCUAAAUUUGACUUGAAGCUAACUUGCAAGGGAUGCAUUAAAGCUGUUGAGAGCUUGAUCGCCACCUUCAUGAAAGGAACACUCCUUAAUCAAGUGAAAGACCAAGUUAAAGAACAAGUCCCUACUAUGGCAAAUGAAAUAGGAAACGGAAUCUUGGCUUCUUCAUACCCAAGAACCUUCCCUCUCUUGGAAGAUAUCAGAAUUGUUACUGCCUUGACAGAUGCAAUCAACGUUGCUGAUGGGCACUUAGAAAUUCCAUUAGACGGAACAGUUUAUACUGAAGAAAAAGGUAUUGUCAGACCAGGUCCUACUCCAGAUAUGCCAAGAUACAACCCAGAAAGCCCUGGAGAGGCACAGAUGUUCUUCAGUUCGUACCUUGCUCAGACUCUAUCACACACUCUAAAUACUUUGAACAAGCUUGUCAUCAAGACCAGAUUCUUGUUGUUUACCUUUGUAACUACUAUUGAUCCAUCUAAGGGAAAGACAGCUAUCAGUUUUGAUAACAACGCCAUUGUUGCUACAAUCUAUCCAAAGAUCGUCACAAAGUAUCUCAAGCUAGGUGUUGAACUCGGCACUGUAGUCAAGGUUAGCCUCAAGAUUAAGAACGGAGAUAGCCAGAACUUACUCAGCGUUGUGCCAAAGAUUAAAAAACUUAACUUGAACUCGUUCAAGUUGAUAGUUUUAGGAAUCCCAAUCAACUUGAGCUUGUUCAAGUUUUUGAUUACUCCUUUCGUGAGACUCUUCUUGAACUUCAUUGUGUUGCCCACAAUUGAAAUUCCAAAGUCUGAUCUCCUCCCACUGACUGUGACUGACAGCCUGCUGUCUUUCAACAAACAGUAUGCCGAGUUUGGAAUCUCUUUUGACUUUGAAGAAUAACUUUGUCCAACCAAAAUUAAGUCUAAA